ACAAUAAAUUCAAUGGGAUGUUUUGGUCUUAUAAUAUAUAGUGAAAAGGAUGUUCCAUAUGAUAAAGAUAUCGAUUUCCCUGGCCGCAAGGCUCAUAUCGGCGAAGUCAUUUCGCACCAAAUGGCACGUCAGCCGUUUACAGCAGUGGUUACUCAGUCUCGGUGGGCCGACCUGUGGAUAGGCGAAACACUAUCGAAGCUUUACAGUCAUUAUAUCAUGAACGAGAUUUUCAUCGGUUCACUUAGUUUAUCGGUUCAAUUAGUGGAUCUCUAUGCAAUCCAAAUUCUUCAAUUAACAUUUCAGUAUGAAAUUAACUGUCAGAUGAGAGCUCUUUCCGAAUAUGAUGUACGAGUCGCGGAUGAAAUCGAUGUUGGCCUCUGUUCUCGUUGGUAUUAUAAUAAAGGUCUCGCUCUUUUACGUAUGAUAGAGUAUAUAAUCACACGAGAUAAGUUUCAACUAGCUGUCAAAAAAUAUUUGGGCGAAUUUAAGUUUCGUUCUGCCACUCCUGAUAAUCUCUGGAUCACUUUACAACAUAUACUUGAUGACAGAACCAAUAAAAUUGUUAGAAUUAGUGAAAUUAUGGAUACGUGGUUAAGUCAAAGAUAUUAUCCUGUUAUAAAUGUUUUUCACAAUCUUCAAAAUAAUACAGUCAGAUUAAAUAUCACUGGUAGUGUCGACAUGAGAAAAUCCACGUGGAUGAUACCGACAACUUAUACUUUAUACAAUCCUUUGCCUUACAUGAUCAGUGAUAUUAUGAUAACUUCUGAAAUUACAACUAUUAAACUGAAGCAGAAUAUUAAUUUUGUCUUAUUUAAUAAAGAACAAAAUGGAUACUUUCGCGUGAAUUAUGAUGAAAAUAGUUGGAAUCGAAUUGCAAAUGUUUUGCACUCUGAUAAUUAUAAUCAAAUAAAUGUCCUCAAUCGCGCGCAAUUGAUUGAUGAUGCAUAUUAUUUUAUGACACAAAACUACAUAUCACCGCUUAUAUUUUGGAGAAUUGCAAGUUAUCUAAAGCAUGAUGUAAAUUACAUAGUCUGAUAUCCCAUGUUUAAUAUUCUAUCGUUUAUGUGGCCUAUUUGGAAUAAUCCGGCUACGGGAGUGAAACAUAUCAAGGAAGAAGUACGUCAAAUACUGGACGGCUUACUUCAAAGUUUGGGAUAUGAAGAAAAAAAUGAUGAGGACAAUAUGUAUAAAACACUGAGAUUAUUAGGAACAAGAUGGGCUUGUAAAUUAGGGCAUAGAAAGUGUCAAAUAGCUGCUACGACACAAUUGUCUGGGG